UGCUUCGAAGUGAGCCCAGCUUCCCAUGUCAAUGUCUUGUAUGUAGGGCCUAGACAAGUCUCGAAAUAUCAUUGCAUUGGCGUGGUCGACGUCGCCCAGCCCGAAAUGCUUGGCAAUUCACAUCAGACAGUACGUGCGUACAUGUGUUUCACAGGCAGGAACAGGCAGGAGAACUCAGGAGCAACGUACCCCACAGUUACCCCAGAUUGUCGAACGCUCCGUAAUACCCCACAUCAGUCAUUUCCCCUGCUGCGCCCCUCUCUUGAUUGACCCAACAACAGUGGCCACUACGUACCGAGUCUUUUCAUGCCACCAGCUCCGCAUGUGAUUCACGCGAUAAUACCAACCACAUCUCGUUCACUACGCGAUGACAAAGGAAAAGCCGACUCCGCCGCGGCGGACACGUAGUGACGCGCAGCUGGCCCAAAAGCGACAUAGUGAUCGCGUCACGCAUCGUAACAAUCGUGCAGAGGCGAAGCAACGCAUGCUCAAGGUCGAGAGGGAUGUGGAGAACACUGCGCAGCGUAUCUCUAACAUUGAGAGCAGCGUGACAUCUCUCCGUGACGAUCUCCGCGCUGUUCUCUACCAGUUGCAUCAGGGCCAGACGCCUGGUCACGCAGUGUCCCAGUCCGAUUCUCACCAGCAAUAUACACCUCAACAAGCAGCCACCCAAACAUUCACGGGAGUUUCCGGGCCGAUGAGCACGCACUCCGCCAACCAGCAACCAUCCCCCGCCGAUGUACAGAGACCAAAGACGCUCAGCGCCUUGUAUCCACAUGCUGGACUGCAAGUCGAGUGUCGCUGCGGCAGAGAGCACAAAGCGCGAAGCGAAUGCGCUGAGUACUCGAGCUUUGCCCUGCUGUACCAUCAAACGCAGGCUGCUUUGCGUGAGAGUCCCGCGAUCAAUGAACCCUUACCGCGGAACCCAGCCUUGGAGGAUCUACUAUCUCGCCCCAAGAGUGACAAUGGUCUGGCACUGGGCUUAGGAUCCAUGAUUCGGCAUUUCAACAUGGCCAAUGUCGAAACGCAUCUGGGCUUCAUCUUCCUCGCCUAUCGGUUCAUGCGGUGGCGAUUACAUCCAGAUGAGGCAUCUCUAGAAGAUGUGCCAGAGUGGCUGCGCUUGACAUCCGUUCAAGAGUCGACGUUGCAUCCUCUCAUCAUCGACUACAUACCUUGGCCGAGUCUACGCGACUUUCUCUGCCUGAAUCAGCGCCAAGACGACCGACACAACGCUGAGCUGUACAUGAGAUCAUUCCGGCUCAAGUGGCCCAGCUCUCAGCAGCUUCUGUCCUUGAAUGUCUCGGGCAAAGUGACUCUCCAUCCCGAAUUCGAGAACGUGGUGUGUGAUAUCAACAACUGGACAAUGGGCUCCCCUUGGACAGAAGUUUUUCCUUACUUGCACAUGCACGUCGGCCUGUGAAGACUGGAAAGAAUCCUGCGGAGUGCGGAACCAUCCAACAUACGACUAAAUUUUAUUCAUGAGACCCCGAUAUUGAGUUUGAACGCCUUUCGAGACGACAUUUGGUAUCGGUUGCAAUACGGGUGUCUUCUGAUCUCGCUUCGGAGCAGCUGCACACGUCUGUUGCUUCCAGCCUGUUCAGAAUAUAUGAAAUGUGUUUCUCACAUCUCUCCUCGAAGCCUGGCUUGACACACAACCAAGGAUGCGUGGUAACCUUUCUUAGGCAUGAUUAGGCUCAUUGUUUUGUAUUUGUGGUAGGGCGCAGAGGUGUAUGUGGCCGUGGACGUUUGAACAGAGCGUUAUCCCAGCGCCAAUCUCAGGUUGUCCGUUCUUUUUUGCUUAGAAAUACAUCUUAUCCGAUUCAACGAAACAG